UUCCAAAAAUCGAAGCACUGUGUCCAUGACUGCUGCGAGGGGAACACUAGGCUACAUGGCACCUGAAGUUUUUUCUAGAAACUUCGGCAAUGUGUCUUACAAAUCUGAUAUCUACAGCUAUGGGAUGUUGCUGUUAGAAAUGGUUGGAGGAAGAAAGAAUAUUGUAAACAACACUGGUCAAGAAAAUAAUGAUGUUCAAGUUCUGUAUCCAGAUUGGAUUCACUGUUUGAUAGAAGGAAGAGAUAUGCAUGUUCCUGUUGAUGAUGAUGAAGAUGGAGAUUUUGGAAUUGCAAAGAAACUAGCCAUCGUGGGACUUUGGUGCAUCCAGUGGCAUCCAAUGCAUCGUCCAUCCAUGAAGACUGUGUUGCAAAUGCUCCAAGGAGAGGGAGACAAGUUGAAAGUUCCCACCAACCCUUUCCAGCCAAAAGCUUCAACUAGUGCGCUCUAG